ACGAGUUUUUAUGAACAAUGGUCGCAUGGAACGCUAAAACUCAUAUUAUAUAAACGCAUUUCAUUCUCAAAAAGAUGGAGUUGGAUAAUUAUAUGUUCGUUCUAGCAGUUCUUAUUGUACACGUGAACAUCUCGAUGAGCUUUUCUAGAUGUGGACCCGAACUAAAAUGUUCUUGCAUGACGAGUCCAUCAGGAACAAUUGCAAUGGAUUGUAAAGCAAGAAAAGUUAACAUUCGUCAGGUCUGCGAAAGCAUUGCGCAAAUAUACCCAAAUGUGUCGGAUCUUAAUAUUGCACGAAAUAACAUUGGUAACUUUAAUGCCGAAGACGUGAACUGCUGUCGAAACAUCAGUAGUUUGAAUAUGAAUUACAACCAGAUUUCGUCACUGCAUAGUGGUGUCUUUAAGGAUUUUCAGAAUAUAUUGGCCCUUGAUUUGAGCGAUAACGUGCUCGAUAUUUUCAACAAGACGGCGUUUGACCCAGGGGUUUUUCCAUCAACUCUAAGAAUCCUCAAACUAUUUGGCAAUUUUCCAGAGGAUAACGAGAUUGAAAGGAGCUUUGACUACCCAAAUCUCACUAAAUUACAGAAACUUGAGGUGUUGCAGAUGGAUGGGAUUGAAACAGAUAUUGGUCUGGAAUAUGAAAACAGCAGCGUCAGGAAUUUAACUCUAUCAUCAAAAGGACCUUUGGGUUUCUGCUCCAUAAAGGAAAUCUUUCCGACCACAUUUUACUCGCUUGUAAAUGUACGUGUUCUAGAUAUAUCCUCGUGCAAAAUUGAAAAUAUUUACAGAGAUGCCUUUAAAAACAUGGUGAGUCUUGAAAUCCUAGACCUUUCUUUGAACAGACGUCUUGGAUUUAGCUCCCUGAUGAACGUUUCCUAUUCGCUUCAGUUUACAAAUAUCCAGUUUCUGAAUUACUCACGGGUUUAUACAACAUUUGGCGUUGGAACUAUAAUUCUGAACAGAGAUGUAUGCUACCUUCGAAAUACAUCUCUGAAAGCAAUUGCAUUUGAUGGCAACAAGGUCCAAAUGGUAGAAAAGAACACCUUUGUGUUACUUCCGAAGCACUUGGAAACAAUUUACGGGCAAGAGAAUAAAUUCUCUUUUGGAUUAUACCUGUUUCAAUUUGGUUGCCUGGAAAACGUUCUACGUAUUGAUACAAAUAAUCAAAACAAAGUGCACGCUCCUAUUAAAUACCUUGCGGAACCCAAAUCAAAAGACGACAACGAUCGAAGCAGGGAUUCGGAAUGUCAAUAUAUGACGGAAGAAAGUUUGAAGACCAUUGCGAAAGAAAUCCCUGACUGUACGUAUGUUCCACCAAAUGAAACAGCUGCUGAUUUGAAACCACAGUUUUCUAGGUCUCUCAAAAGAGUUUAUUUCUCCGGCUGCAAUAUGGUUUAUAACCUUGACAAAACAAAAAUCACUAUAAAUCCAAAAAAUAACUCAUUGGAAGUAUUGGAUUUUUCAAAAAACACUUAUCCUUCCUUGAGGGGCAGGAUUGGUCCAUUUCCAAAUCUAAAGUUUCUGUCGUUCUCACGUUCUUACUGUUCAUUCAUUAGUUCAGACUGUUUGUCAAUGGACAAACUUGAGAAUCUUCAGCUAGAUCGAAAUUAUUUGGGAGGAAUGUUUGCACAUCCGGGAGGUGGAGACACGUUUGAAUAUCUAACCAAUUUGAAAACGCUAAAUCUGUCAACAAACCGCAUUUCACACCUCAAACGGAGUUUAUUUAGUCGUCUCGGAAAGAUUGAAGAAAUUGACUUAAGCGGAAACAGCAUCGAACAUUUUGACAUUGAUGUACAGCCUUUAAAAAAUCUGCUUUAUUUGAAAUUUCGAUGUAACGCACUUCAUACGCUUAAUAAAGAUAUAACGCAACUUCUUGAAGACAAUUCAGAGCGAAUAGGAAAUAAUUUUACUCUGGAUUUGCGAAACAAUUCAAUCGAAUACAGCUGUAGCAAUCAGAAUUUUUUGUACUGGUUGGUUGAUCAUAAAGAAAGGUUACAAGGUUUUCAUGAGAUGGUUUUCUAUAGGUUAAAUGGGAGCUCUGUUGAUUCAAUUGGAUUUCUGCGCGAUGUGCCCCACUUGCGUGCACAAUGCAGAUCAUAUACAGUUGCGAUUGUACUGUCCGCGUUUAGUGUAUUGUCAGCCUGUGCAAUUAUAUUUGGAGUCAUUUUGUACAAAAAGAGAUGGAAACUUCGGUAUUGGUACUACAUGAAAAAGCAAAGUUAUUUUGGCUACCGGCGACUAGUAAACGACGAUGAAUAUGAAAAUUACCGAUAUGAUGCAUUUAUAUCUUAUUCAGACCAUGACUUACAUUUUAUUCGAGACGAUAUAAUACCAAGAUUGGAAGACAGAGGGAUGAAGCUGUGUGUCCACCAACGGGAUUUUCUACCAGGCAUACCGAUACGGGACAACAUAGUGGAUGCGAUACGCACAAGCAAGAAAACAGUGGUGAUUCUCUCUAAAGCUUUUAUAAAGAAGCAGUGGUGCAUAUUUGAGUUCAACAUGGCACGAAUGGAAAGUAUUGGCAAUCGAGAGUGCGAGAAUGGGUGUUUAGUAAUUGUACUGUACGAGAAUGUUCCCACGAAAGAAUUACCGUUAGAAAUAAUGGAUUGGAUGGACAAUCAUUCGUACAUUAGUUAUACACGCGAUCCAGACGGGCAGCCAUUGUUUUGGAAAAAUUUGACCACAGCCAUUGAACGUUGAUGUCCAUUAUAAACUAAAUACUUACAAUCAUUGCUAGUGUAAUUGGUUUUAUAUUGUAGUAGCUUCUCGAUAUCUCUAUUCGGUUGAAUGACAAAUACAUAUUGAUUUAUAAUAUUGAUGCUAAAAUAGUCCAAUUGCCUAUUUGUAUGUUUUAAAAUGUUUCGCCCAUGUAUCUGAUAAUGUAUUCAUGAUGGCAUCCGUACAUUAGUGUAAGGAACGUGUAUGUUAACUUAUUUGUAUGUAAAGUGUUUGAUGAUAUGAA